AUGUUUCUCUGGAAAGCACUCUUAUCGGCGGCUCUCGUUGCCAGUCUGACCGUGGACAAAACGGACGAUGGCAUCGUUGUUGAUGUUGAGGGAGACGAUGGCUUUGUGGUGACGAUUGAUAGCACUGGGUCUAUUUCUUCCCUCCAGUAUCGCAAUGCUGAGUAUCAGUAUUCUGGGACAUUGAGUCAUAUUGCCUCGGGGCUUGGGAGUGAUGCUUCGGUGUCUUAUAAUACUCAAGGGGACUACGCAAUUGUCUCAGCCACCAUUGACGACGACGACUUCAAUUUAACGCACUACUACGUCUUCCAAGACGGCCGCAGCGCAAUCUACAUGGGCACAAACGCCCUCUCGCAGCCCGCCGUCGGCGAACUCCGCUACAUCGCGCGCCUCGUGAAUCUCCCUGAAGCGUACAAGGAAGGCGAAGUCUCGGAUGUCCGAGAGGGAGAGAUCAUCGAGGGCAGCGACGUGUUCCUCGUCGAUGGCGAAACCCGAAGCAAGUUCUACUCCUCCCAACGCUUCAUCGACGACUCCGUCUACUGCGCCUACACCUCCGACUCCAGCGUCCACGCCUGCUUCCUUUCAGACACCCGCUCGCGCGAGAAGUCCUCAGGCGGACCCUUCUUCAGAGACAUCGACCUGAAUCUCGGCAGCGACUACCACUCCGUCACCUACUACAUGAACUCCGGCCACGUCCAGACAGAAGCCUACCGCACCGGUUUCUUCGGCCCGUACAUCCUGUCCUUCAGCGGCUCGGGCAUCCCGUCGUGGGACGACUUUGACGUCUCGUUCUUCGACGACCUCGAGCUGGACGGGUACAUCGGGUCCUCCGCCCGCGGCGUCGUCAAGGGCACAGUAAGCGGGACGUCCUCCUCCCUCCCAGCCGUAGUCCACUUCUACAACGCCGACUACCAGUCCUGGGCGACCUCCUCCUCCGACGGCACCUUCACAUCCCCGCAGCUCGUCGAAGGAUCGUACACCAUGGCCCUCUACCAAGACGAGCUCCUCGCCGCCACAAGCACAAUCUCCGUAACGGCAUCCUCAACAGCAACCGCCUCCCUCGCCGCAACAAACACCAUCAUCACCGCCGCCCGCACAACGCUCUUCCAAAUCGGCCAGUACGACGGCACACCCUCAGGCCUCCUGAACGCAGAAAACCAGCUCCGCAUGCACCCGUCCGACGCCCGGAUGGCAUCCUGGAACCCCACGCCCUUCGUCGUCGACACCAAUUCGGACGCGGACUUCCCAAUGGCCCUGUUCGCCGACGUGAACAAUAACUUCGAGAUCCAGUUCACUCUGCCUGAGAUACCAGAUACUGAGACGGUGACUAUCCGCGUCGCGACGACGUUGAGUUUCGCGGGCGGUCGUCCGCAGGUAACCCUCAACGACGACGAAGGCGAUGCGCCCGCGGCACCGAGCAAGAUCGACUCGAGGGGCGUGACGCGGGGCGCGUAUCGCGGGUAUGGCGAGGUGUAUGAGACCAGCUUUGAUGUGGGGAGUUUGGUGGAGGGCCAGAACUCGGUGUAUAUUGCUGUUGUUUCGGGGAGUAGUGGGGAGGAGUUUUUGAGUCCGAAUUUCGUGAAUUGUUGA